AUGGCGCGUCAUGGGAAGGGACCGAAGACGAAUCAGACGAAGAACCUACCACCUGAGAAGGAGCGGUUUAUUCAAUGUUGUGGGGGUGUUGUCUCCGAGUUGACGGACUCGCUACUAGAUGGGUCGAUGAAGGAGGUGAAUCUGAACGGGUUGAUCACGAAGUACUCGAAGAAGUACAAGCUGAAGCAGCAGCCGCGGCUGACGGACAUUAUCAACUCGAUCCCGGACCAGUACAAGAAGUACCUUCUCCCCAAGUUGAAGGCGAAGCCCGUUCGGACCGCCUCUGGGAUCGCGGUCGUCGCAGUGAUGUGCAAGCCGCACAGGUGUCCGCACAUUGCGUACACGGGGAACAUCUGCGUGUACUGCCCAGGUGGGCCGGAUUCGGAUUUCGAGUACUCGACGCAGUCGUACACAGGGUACGAGCCGACGUCGAUGCGUGCGAUCAGGGCACGUUACGAUCCGUACGAGCAGGCGCGGGGACGUGUGGAACAGUUGAAGCAGUUGGGUCACUCGAUAGACAAAGUCGAGUACGUCGUGAUGGGGGGGACAUUCAUGUCGCUUCCUCAGGACUACAGGGAGGAAUUCAUCACGCAGUUGCAUAACGCGCUUUCAGGGUUCAACGGUAACAACUUGGAUGAGGCGAUUGCGUAUUCGCAGCAGAGUUUGACCAAAUGUGUUGGGAUCACUAUCGAGACUAGACCGGACUAUUGUACGGAGACGCAUUUGGACGACAUGUUGCGGUAUGGGUGCACGCGGCUGGAGAUCGGUGUACAGUCUCUGUACGAGGAUGUCGCUAGGGACACCAACAGAGGUCACACGGUGAAGGCUGUGUGUGACACUUUCGCUGUUGCAAAGGAUGCAGGUUACAAAGUUGUCUCGCACAUGAUGCCCGAUCUGCCCAACGUCGGGAUGGAGCGGGACCUCGAGCAAUUCAAGGAGUACUUCGAGAACCCUGAUUUCAGGACCGAUGGGUUGAAGAUAUACCCUACUUUGGUCAUCAGGGGUACUGGGCUGUACGAGCUGUGGAAGACUGGGAGGUACAAGUCAUACAACGCGAACGCACUGGUGGAUCUUGUUGCGCGGAUACUCGCGCUGGUACCACCUUGGACGAGAAUAUACCGUGUCCAGAGAGACAUCCCGAUGCCCCUGGUGACAUCUGGUGUCGACAACGGGAACCUGCGGGAGUUGGCGCUUGCGAGAAUGAAGGAUUUCGGGACGUCGUGCAGGGAUGUGCGUACGCGGGAAGUCGGUAUCCAGGAGGUGCACCACAAGGUACAGCCUGACCAAGUGGAACUGAUCAGGAGGGAUUACUAUGCGAACGGCGGGUGGGAGACUUUCUUGUCCUACGAGGACCCGAAGAGGGACAUCCUUGUUGGUCUUCUGCGGUUACGGAAGUGUUCCAAGAAGUACACGUACAGGAAGGAGUUUACGAAGCAGAGGACGUCUAUUGUCCGUGAACUGCACGUGUACGGGUCCGUCGUACCAUUGCAUUCGAGAGACCCUCGCAAGUUCCAGCAUCAAGGGUUUGGUACUCUGCUGAUGGAGGAGGCUGAACGGAUAGCGCGUGUCGAGCACGGAUCCGAGAAGAUCUCUGUCAUUUCUGGUGUAGGUGUCAGAAACUACUACAACAAGCUUGGGUAUGAACUGGACGGUCCCUACAUGUCGAAGAUGCUACAUGAAGAGGAGUGA